CAGACAGUUUGGAAAUCAUUGGAAAUCAAUCAGCUGUUGUUAUUGUUUACUGCGCAAAACCCAAAAAAAAACACUAUGGAUAACGGUAAAGACAUUAAAAAUCUGUAAAUGACAUCACACGCUACAUACAAUAUCAAAAAUAAUCCCAAAAUGUCACAGGACGACGAAAAACUGUGCCAUCUGUAUUACUUGCCGACCGAGCUACUUUUAUACAUUUUCACGCUUUUGCCUGCCAAAGAUCUUACUGAAUGUCGUCAAGUGUGCUCCAGAUGGAAACUCAUAGUAGACGGGCUAGCUAGAAGUGAUAGCUUGUGGCGGGGAUACUGUAAAAAGGACUUCAAGGAUAUCUAUCAAACUGCACGGUACAAAGCGAAGCCUGGUCUGCUCUGGUAUAAUAUAUACAGAUCUCUCUCACUCUGGCCGAAGCUCGCGAUCGCUCGUGAGUACAGCGACGAAUUCGCUUCGGCAUCUCACAUAAAUGAUGAGAUCCGGAACUUCAGAAUACUAAGACAUGGCAUAAUUGGAGUUCAUAAACGUGGCUCAAUUGUUUACUAUGAUAUAAAUACUCUGGAACCAUCCAAACGUGGUACGAUAACGGGUGAUUUCGCAACGUAUGCUGAGAAUGACUAUGUUAUAGCUAUAAAGAGUUAUCACUUAAAUCUGUACAUUGUUCGCAAAGAACUGCUGAAUCGGAAAAUAGAAUCAAGUAUAACAUAUGAUAAUGUCAAGUCAUUUAUUCUAAUUGACUUGGAAAUAUACUAUGUAACAUUGGACGAUGACAUUUAUGUAUGCAACCUCACAGAAAUGACGCAAAAGUUUGUGAAAAGGACCGAAGAUGGUGUAAUGUCGCUAGGGUUCACCGAUCGACUGCACAUAUUGACAUUCCAACGUAACAUUUAUACUUUGGUUAACAAUGACCUGGUUUUCAACUGUACUCUUGGUCCAACUUCGAAUUUGCUGCACCAGCUUCAACAGUAUCGGUUUCUGGAGCAGCUGGAUUGGCGAGUCUAUUUCCAGUGGAUGUAUGCUUUGAACCACACCGUACCUCAAGGUCCCUUGAGGGAUAUCGUCACAGUAAGAUCAUAUGGAGACAUAUUCUUUGUUGGAUCGAACUGGGGCGUUUUGCGAAUCUAUCAUGCUCCCUAUUCGUCUGGAGAAUUUGACCUGUUCAAUUCUGAACCGGUAAAGCAAUACAAUUUCAUGGAGAGACGAGAUUGCCCUGUGCUCUCAAUGUGUCCAAUACUGCAAAUAGAUGUUUGCGAAAUCGAGGAUGGACACUCAGUGAUGGUGGCGAUGCCGAAGAAAGUUGCCGUUCUGAACUUCAAACAUAGCUUUAAAAGAACAGCAUCCGUAGCUAUGUUGCCGUACGAUGAUGUACAAAAAGUUAAAUUCCUUAAAAUUGAUGAUGGUAAUUAGGUAAAUAUUCAUAAUAAAGCUGUCCUGACUUGCCAUCAUCUCUCGACGCGAUCCACUUUGCGAGCUAAACUGAUCUGCAUCACAAAUUCGUACCAUCAAGUGAAUUUUUAGUAUGAAUGCGAUUCAUUUUAGUUUCCUAAAUAGAACUGAUGUUCAUUGGAAUCGUUCCGUAAAAAAAUAUGGUAGGCCUGCUAUAUUCUUGCUAAUAUAUAAAGGUAAUCAAGUUUUCUAAUUAUCCGUCAAAUCAAUAUUGAUUUUUGCAGUUGACUCAAGCCUUAUCAAACUGUUUAGAUGCUAGCUUUUAUGUGGUACCUGUUUACUGACCUCAUUUUAAUAUAAUUAGUAGCGAUAAAUUAAAAAAUUGUAAAUUCCUAUUUAUAUUGUUUGACACACUUUGAAAAACUAUUAAAAAAUUACUUUAAAAAAAGUUGUAUACUUUUAUAAACUUUGUUACGUAACGCUGUUUUGGUAUAACUAAGUUACAUUUAUUUUUCUCAUCCAUGAGAUUUGUGUGAUGUGUUUCUACUUAACCCAAUAUUGGGUGUGUGUCUCCAAAUUAUAGUUUUAUUUAUUAAGAAGAUUUAUUAUAUAAUUAUAUUAUAUUUAUAGACCUAACAAUAUGCCAGACCUGACAAAUAUCAGAGUAGUUCGCUGUUUGGCUUUCGUCCAAAUAUGUAAUGUAUGUAAUUUGAUGGAUUCAGACACCGAAACGGUAAAAUAUAGCGUCUAGGUUUAGCUGCGAUCCAGCUGACUUAGCGCAUUUCCGGGUCACUUGAAGGUUAUUAAUAAUAAGCAAGAUUUUGGCCCAUACUGAUGGUGGCACUCAGGGCGGUCCGCUUCUAAGGCGAUCUAGCGCCACCAUCGCAUUUUUAUUCAACUCUUUGCUACUGUUGCACGGAUAAAAUUAAGAAACACAUCGUUUUCAAUCUUACAAAGAUUUGAUCACGUCAUGUCAUAUCUGGCAUAUUUAUCUAGCUAUUAAAAUGCUUGUGAUAUUAUAUUUAGUUUAAAAAGUAAAACUUUUUAUUUUUGCUUAAAUGUAAAAAAUAUACAGACUGCGGUAGGUCCAGUUUAUUUAUUUCUUUCAAUAAAAGUUGUAUUUAUGGUUACAGUGAAUAAAAAAAUAAAAUACUAUUUCACUAUAUAUUAAAUACUAGCUUUUGCCCGCAAC